AACAGCAGCAAGCGAGAGAAACUGCAGAGCCCCUCUCUCUCUCUCUCUCUCCGCCGCGAAGCAGGCUGCGAGAAGUACGAAGUGGUGUCUCUCCGACCGCGAAGCCCACAUCCCUCUCUCUCCCUCUCUCUCUCUCUCUCUACUGUGAGACCGUGCGAUGCCGUCCCGCAGGAGAACGCUCCUCAAGGUCAUCAUCCUCGGAGACAGCGGGGCGGGGCUGUUGAUUGUUUGUCUAGACGGAUCUUGGACUCCGAGGGUCGGUAAGACCUCGUUGAUGAACCAAUAUGUAAAUAAGAAGUUCAGUAAUCAGUAUAAAGCAACUAUUGGAGCUGAUUUCUUGACUAAGGAAGUUCAGCUCGAAGAUAGGCUCUUCACCUUACAGAUUUGGGAUACAGCUGGUCAAGAAAGAUUCCAAAGUCUUGGGGUGGCUUUCUAUCGAGGUGCUGACUGCUGUGUUCUUGUGUAUGAUGUUAACGUUAUGAAGUCAUUUGACAAUCUUAACAAUUGGAGGGAGGAGUUCCUUAUCCAGGCAAGUCCAUCAGAUCCAGAGAAUUUCCCAUUCAUAGUCAUAGGAAACAAAAUUGAUGUGGAUGGGGGAAACAACAGAGUGGUAUCAGAGAAAAAAGCUCGAGCUUGGUGUGCCUCAAAGGGGAAUAUACCAUAUUUUGAGACCUCUGCCAAGGAAGGUGUCAAUGUGGAGGAAGCUUUUCAGUGCAUAGCUAAGAAUGCCUUGAAAAGUGGUGAAGAAGAAGAGAUAUACUUGCCAGACACCAUCGACGUUGUGAACAGCAGUCAGCCGAGGUCAACAGGAUGCGAGUGUUAAGCAUUGCCAGAUGCUUCUUGCCAAUAAAUGAAUCCAUGAAGGAUUACACAGAUAUUAGCGGGUUCUGCUUGUACUAGAGAUGAUGCUGGGUGUGUACAUUGCCUUUGCCGGAGAAAACGGUUGCCGACAGAUUCUUUUGUCUGGUUCCUUCUAUUUAUUGCCGUGCAAAUUGAUGUCCUACUUGAUUUUGCUUUCAUGACGUAGCUUUUGUCUUCA